AUGGGGAGAAAGCUACGUACCACAGUUCCAGUUCUCCCAUCUUGUUUGAACUCAAAAUGGCCAAAUGUCAAAGCCCUGAGAAAGAAAGAACAGAGGGAGAGAGAGAAACAGCAGAAAUGGUUCAAUGACAGACACAGGGCCCGCAACAUGGCCAGCCUGAACCCUGGUGACCGCGUCUGGGUCACCGAUAUGAAGGAGAAGGGGACAGUGACAGCUGGAGCUGACACAACACGCUCCUACAUCAUUGACACGCUCCAGAGGGAAUCUGCGGCGCAACUGAAGUCAUCUCGUCACCUUGCCUGGGGCUGGCGCUGGACCUAA